AAGCGAGAGAGGAACCCUAAAUCUAACAACAAUUGGAAGGAAACUCCGCGAUCCGCUAGGUAAGUACGCUGGCCAAUAAAUCUCCUUGUUUGAUCCGCAAUCUAUUUCGUGUCGGGAGACGGGGACGAAAGAGGUGGUCGUCGCGGGCAAAGUCAUAGUCAGGGCGUGGAUCUGUAGAGCUAGAAUCGACAUGGCGGCGGCGAUGAGGCUCUGUGGCCGGGCGCUCUGGCGAACGCGGCAGUCGGCGACAGUCUCGGAGCAGCAUCGACAGCUAUUCCCAAGGCGAUUCGCCAGAACUAGGGCCACUACUACUGAAGAGCAAAAAGACGUUGCGGUUCGCUUAGAACAGAUCGACGAGAAGAAAGAGGAGCUUUACAACAUGAUUUUCGACAUUGUGUGUAAAUACAAGGUUCCUGGAAAGAUAGGCCGAGAGAACAAUUUGCUGCUCGAGCGACUCUCCGUGCAAGUAAAGCCCAGACCAAACGAUGUCUACUGGCGCUCGUGUCGAAGAACAGAAAAAAACAACCGUAUCUUGACCAAUGUGGGGGCUUAUUCUCUUGGUUUGGUGAGCCCGUUUGUUUUGCAUUGGCUGAUCACAGAGGUUUGCCCGAGAAGAAAAACUUGGUAUGAGGAGUGGUGGGACGCCGUGAUAUUGGGAAAGUAGAGUUGAUUGGGUCGGAGGUCAAGGAUCCAAGCAUGUUAGCGGAGAAAAUUUUUCUGGGACCGGGCCGCACGCUCUGUCUCCUGAC